AUGACACAGCCAAUCCCAUGCCACACAGAGAUCGAGUGCCAGUUUGGAAGUAGUCGUCUACAAAUAACAACCAAAAUGGCAUCAGAACAUAAAGUUGGUGGAACGAAAUUGUGGCAUGCAAUGUACAUGGCACAUCGUGGAGUUCAAAUGUUAAAACCCUAUGUGGCAUACAAUGUCUCUGAAAUUAAACAAGAUCAAUUUCUUGCUAAAGACUUAUUUAAUUCAACAUAUGCAGCUGAAGUUGUUGAAGAUUUCAAACAGGGAAAAUACAAAACUGAAGAAAAAUUGACAGUGAAAGAUCCACAAUCAUCAUCUGAGUCCUAA